AUGAUUGCUCGUAGCCGAGCCAAAUGUUGGAUCGUUCAAUUGAAAGAAGAAAACCAGGACCUGCAACUUCCUACCAGUCAGCGAGGAAUUAAGGGUCACAUAAUCAUCUAUCCCCAACGUCCAGAAGGGAUCGCAGCUGUCUUACCUCCUACGGUUGAAGAUAUUGUCACUCCAAUUUGCGUAGUUUUUGUGGGUUCGAGUCCACCAUCUCGUGCGUGGCUUCAAGAGAAAGCAAAACCUUUGAUAGCACGAAGAGAGAAAGUUCGUUCAGCGUUGGUUUGGCUAAAAAUACAUAAUAGGCUGUACAAGGACAUCACCAUUGACCACCGUGCUUUGGAUUCCAUGGAGGAUGAAACAUUGAUGCCCUUUCAUGUUGAUCAUGUUCUUCCGAGUGACGCAAGAGAUUCGUUGACUUCGAGGUAUGAUGCAACCGAAGCAGUACAAUUGGAGGAUCAAGCAGACCGUGCUGAAUCGCAUGAAGCAACAUUGGAUUCAAAAUUUGAGAGCAUGGUAGUGACUGAUGUUGAUGGACAUGCAUCUGCAAAUGAGUUACGCGCGGCAGCAGUUCGCCAUAUCAAAAACAAAGGUGGUGGAUAUCUACAAAUCCCUCAUGAUCCUGAACCUGUGAAUGAGUUUUUCAACCCCGACCUCUUUCCGAUGAUUUAUCCCACCUUGUUUCCAUAUGGCUUGGGAGGCUUUGAGGAUCAUUUGCGUUCAGAACGCUUAUCGAUGAAGAGGCAUGUCAAGCACUUA